AUGUCCGUUGAAAUUGAACCUCCAGUGAAAAAAGCAAAAACAUUUGCUAAUGAAGAUGAUUAUUGUAACAAAAUAAUAGAUAAAUGUAUUGAAGACAUUAAAAAUUCUCAAAAAAACUUAGAACCUGUGUUAAGUGAUGACUUUCAGAAGUCAAUACCAUUAAUAAAAGUGUUUGUUGGUAUUAUUAAAGAUCCGAAAGAUCUAUCACGAACUGUUUUGAUGUUAAAUGAAAAGAUACCUUUGAAAGAGUUGCAACAUUUAAAGCGAAUUAGGAAAAAAGAGGUUAUAUUGUGUCCUACCAACUUUAUUAUUGGCAUGUCAUCUAUUCAACAGUACAUUGAAUGUAAUGUAGAAGAACUAAAGGACACAUUUCAGUAUUUUAAAGAGUUAGAUGUUCCCCUUUCACCCCCUAAAGUAAAACAACAGUUUAAAGAAUGGAACAAAAUUUGGUCCUGCAACUUUCAUCCUAAUGUUUACCUGGAAAAACUUGUAAGUGGUAACUUCUUUGCUCCCACAGAGCUUAACCUUCAUAGAACUUAUAUGGAAAUAGCAUUUGAAGUAUCUAGAUGGUAUAUUCUACAUUUAAACCUAAACACUAAUGAAGAUGAUGUUUUUAGAAAUAUCAAUAGUGCUGUAAUUGUUGAUCCAACAACACAAUCAGUGGUUGCUGUAUCUUUUGAUAAUAGGGAUGCUAACCCUCUUCAACAUUCAUCUAUGUUAGCCAUAGACAAUGUAGCAAAGACACAGAAUGGUGGAGUUUGGUCCACUGAAGAUAUUAAUCCCGAUAGGACAUUGAGUGGUAUAAGUGAAGAAUUACUAAAUUACUUAAAACCUAGAUAUCCCAGUGUCAGAUUUGGUGCAAGAAAAUUUAUAAGUAAAUGCGAUAUAUCUAGUGAUGAAUAUAAUGGAAAUCCAAGCGAUGGCCCUUACUUAUGUACUGGAUAUUACGCUUAUCUAAUAAGAGAGCCUUGUGUUAUGUGUUCAAUGGCAUUAGUUCAUGCGCGAGUAAAAAGAAUAUUCUUUUGUUUCGAUAAUAUGUUUGAUGGUGCACUGAAAUCAAAAAGUAAACUUCAUACCAUUUCAUCUUUAAAUCAUCAUUUUGAAGUUUUUACAGGAUUUUUAUAA